AUGAUGCUCUAUCAGAGAAGGGGCAGGGGCGAGAUGCACAGACCCGGCAUUCGAACCAUUGUUGGAAGUGGUAACUCUGCACCCAGUUCACUAUGCGCACCGUUCCCGUUUGAUAGUGUGAUCCCGCCGCCACCAAGAGGCUUGUUAGAGCGCUUUCUGCGGCGACUGACCUCAACCAUCUCAUGGGUGGUUUCGUUUCUUCUCGUCGUUUGCUCGAUUCCCUUUCUGCUUCUCAUCCACGCGCUACUGGUCUACUGUGAUGGAUAUAAUCGUGAAGUUGUCGCGCGACAUCGUAGAAAAUGGCUACACCAAACGGUUCCACACGUAAGACCAGUGAGGGUGGCGCCGUCUCCCAACUUUCCCCUUGAGGGUUGGCAUAUGCGCUGCGAGGACGGCCGUCAGCGCUGGCACUACGGUCGGCUGCUCAAUGUGGAGGAGGGGAAUGAACUCGGGAAGGCCCAGGCUGAGGGAUGUCCGUACACCCCUUAUGGUGAAGCUGGAAAUGCUAAUGAUGACUUUGAGGAUACAGGCGCAACAAGGACUGGCCCACGAGGUGGUCCGGACAUGCGUGCAGUGAAGGAAGAGCGAUGCCGCUUUGUUGAGCGAUAUCAAUUGGGUCUCACAGGCACGGCUCAUGUAAAGCCUAGGGGAUCUGUGGAAGAGGCCAUGCGAGCAGGCGCUGAGUUCUUAUUGCGCCUACAGCACCCAUAUUCCGGUCAUUGGCCAAAUGACUAUAGCGGGCCCCUAUUUCUUACCCCCGGUGUUAUCUUUGUUAGGUACAUUGUGGCUCGUGGCAACAUACGCAAUAUGUUCCCACCCCAUGCAGAUCACCAGCACGAGGGAGACGAGCCGUGCCUCUGUGGAGAAGCAGAGCGACUAGAACUUAUACGUUACAUACGAAACUAUAUGAACGAGGACGGUGGCUUUGGUCAACAUACUGAGGGACACAGCACCAUGCUUGGGACUGUCCUCAAUUACGUUGCACUACGACUUAUGGGGGUUUCAGAUGAUGACAGCGACGCGGCUCGCGCUCGUCAGUGGAUCCGUGGUGAAGGCGGUGCUGUUUCCAUUCCCACGUGGGGUAAGGUGUGGUUAUGUGUCCUUGGUCUGUACGAUUGGGACGGCGUUAACCCCAUUCCACCGGAGUUGUCAUUGCUGCCCAACUGGAUACCGUUUUCACCGAGCCGCCUGUGGUGUCACAGUCGUGUCGUUUCCAUAGCCUUCUCGUACUUGUAUGGUUUGCGAUGGAGGCAGCCCGAUAAUCUACUUCUUCAAUGCCUGCGGUACGAGAUUUACCUUGAGCCAUAUGGAAACAUUAAGUGGGCUAAGCAUCGAAGCAACAUUUGUGCCAAGGACUGCUAUACACCUCUUUCUUCCGUGUACAAAGUUUUCGCCGCCGUUAUGAGUUUGUAUGAGAAGCGGCCCAUCAAAUUUCUUCGCAGGCGGGCGCUGGAGGUAGCAUGGACCCAUAUUGCUUACGAUGAUGAAAGCACACAUUUCAUAUGCCUUGGGCCGGUGAACAAGGCGUUCGACAUGCUCAUAACGUGGAUACGUGAGGGAGAAACUAGUGGAAGGUACCUAAACCACCUUAAUCGUCUCGAUGAUUAUUUCUUCAUGGGACCUGAAGGGCUUAGGAUGAGUGGUUAUAACGGUUCACAAUUAUGGGACACGUCGUUCGCUGUACAGGCCCUCUGCGCCUGCAACAUGGAGUUGUUGUACCCUGAGGAGAUGGCCCUUGCUCAUCACUACGUAGAUGUUGCGCAGGUGCAGGAGAAUCCGGUGGCAGCGACACAGUUUUACCGCCAUCGGACGAAAGGUGCGUGGAACUUCAGUACACGCCCGCAAGCGUGGCAGGUGUCAGAUUGCACAGCCGAAGGGCUUCGUGUAUUGCUGCUGCUCCGUCACAAGCCAUUUCCUCACCAACGCAUUUAUGACGCUGUGGAUCAGAUUUUGUCCCUGAGGAAUCGAGGCGGCGGGUGGGCUUCUUAUGAGCCAACUUGCGCACCCCACUACGUAGAACUUCUCAACUGCUCGGAUGUGUUCAAGGAUGUCAUGACUGACUACGUCUACACGGAGUGCACAAGCAGUUGUGUGCACACACUCUCACUUUUCCGAGAGCACUUUCCCGACUACCGGCGGGAGGAUGUAGAUAGGGCCAUUCGCGAUGGUGUGAAGUGCAUGCUGGCGAACCAGCGGACGGAUGGUUCGUAUUACGGAAGUUGGGCCGUAUGCUUUACAUAUGCUGCUUGGCUCUGCGCUAGUGCGCUUCGCAUAUCUGGUGAGAUUUACGGCAUGGAGGGAGAUCCGACGUGUGUGCGCCUCGUUAACUUUUUGUUGUCACACCAGAAUACGGACGGCGGUUGGGGGGAGGAUGUGAGCGCGUGCGCUCGUGGUGUGUGGGUUGAUAAUCCAAGUGGAAGUCAAGUCGUCAACACUGCGUGGGCGGUCAUGGCUAUCAUGGCUGCCUCUGGCGAAGCGAGCUCAACCGAACUGCGCCGCCAGCUUCGUAUUCUAAAGGCUGUAAGUGCAGGUAUUCACUUUAUUGUGUCGCGCCAGCUAUCAACAGGUGACUGGGCACAAGAGCGAAUUAGCGGUGUGUUUAACGGUAACAACCCGAUUCACUACCCAGGAUAUAAAAAUACCAUGCCAGUGUGGGCACUGGGGGUGUACAGGCGCUGGAGUAAAACAUACGGUCAACAUUUUCCCCGAUCGAUGGAUUAG